AUGCGACUUAGCGUCACUCGGCAUUCGAAUUGUGAGGCACAUCGUGCAACGCAGUGCAAGCGAGGGGCAGUCCUGAACACAGUGUUCACGCCUGUCGACGCUCAGCUCGCGAAACGACGCGCCAGCUCGCCUCCACUCCAGGGAGGCCACCCGCCGGCGAUACAGCCAACGUAGGCGCCUCCUUCCAGGGAGGCCACCCGCCAGCGAUACAGCCGCGUAGGCCAGCGCAGCCAUGGCUGUCGUCGGCCUCGACUUCGGCUGCAUGAACGCCGUCGUCGCCCAGGCCGAGCGCGGUGGCGUCACGGUCCUGCUGAACGAGAACUCUAAAAGACUGAACGCCUGCCAGGUCUCGUUCCAGGGCAAGCAGCGCUUUUUAGGAGAAGCGGCCGCGUCCAUCGCGCGGAGCAACUACAAGAACACCGUGUCCUGCAUCAAACGGUUUAUAGGAAGGAAAUAUCAAGAACCAGAAGUGCAGCAAGAAAUGGCCCGGGUCCCGGGCCUCAAGUUCGUGGAAUUACAAAAUGGCGACGUCGGCGUCGAGGUGUCCUACGACGGCAACCCGACGCAACUCACCUUGCAGCAGUGCGCGGCCAUGAUGAUCUGCAAGAUGUCGCAGAUCUGCGAGGAGGCCACGAAGGGCGUCCCGAUCGCCGACUGUGUCGUUUCCGUGCCGGCCUGGUUCACGAACGACCAGCGGCUGUCCAUGCUGGACGCGUGCGAGAUCGCCGGGGUUCGUUGUUUGAGGCUGAUGCACGAUACCACGGCUACCGCUCUCGAGUACGGCAUCUGGCGGUCGGCCAAAAAGGCCUUCGACGCCGAGAAAGCCCAGAGAGUGCUCUUCGUCGACGUCGGGUAUUCGUCGUACCAAGUGUCGGUCGUGGACUACGUCAUCGGGAAGUUAACCGUGAAAUCUACGACUUAUGAUCGAACACUUGGAGGUAGAGAUUUUGAUAUGAGGGUCGCGGAGUGGAUCGCGUCGGAAUUCCGAGCGAAGCACAAGUGCGACCCCAUGAGCUCGCCGAAGCCGCGCAUGAAGCUGCUCGAUGCCGCGGAGAAGGCGAAAAAGACGCUGUCGCCGCACGGCGUCGCGGAGGCGAACAUCUACUUGGAGUGUUUGAUGAACGAUUUGGACUUCAACUGCAAGCUUACCCUGGAGAAGUUCGAGGAGUUGGUCCAGCCGUUGCUAGAUCGCUUAUUGGACCCCGUGGAACGGGCCCUCGCCGACUCCGAGACGUCCGUUGAUCAACUCCAUUCGGUAGAAAUCUGCGGCGGCGGUUCUAGGGUAGCGUCCGUGAAGCGCGUCCUCGCCACGAAGCUAAAUACGGACAAAACGCAGCCGAACUACGGGUUAAAAACAACUUUAAAUGCCGACGAGUGCACGUCGAAGGGCUGUGCCAUGCAAGCGGCCAUGUUGUCGCCGAGGUUCAAAGUAAAAGAGUACAACAUCCUCGAGGCGACGCCCUUCGGCGUGUCCUUGUCCUGGGACGCGCCCUCGACGAAACCCAUGGAAGGGGACGAGUCGGACGACGAGGUGAACGACUCCGCCGAUGUGUUAUUGUUCCCGCGGAACGGCGAGACGCCGUCCACCAAGAGAUUGACCUUCCGGCGGGGCGAGGACUUCACGAUCAAAGCAAGCUAUGCGGACCCGGCCCAGCUGCCCGACCAGGUCUCGCCGGCCAUCGGCGCGUUCACGGUGAAGGGCGUCCCUGCGGGCUCCGCGCGCGUGCGCGUGAACGUGUCGCACAGCGUCCACGGCACGGUGCAGGUCGCGUCGGCCCAGCUCGUCCAGGAGGUGCCCGACGAGGAACCGAAGGAGGACGCGAAGAUGGACGAGGGCGAGGCCAAGGAGGAGAAGGCCGAGGAGAAGAAGGAGGAGGCCAAGGAGGAGGCCAAGGAGCCCGAGCCGACGAAGAAGAAGCGCAAGUACAAGAAGACGCCCCUCGAGGUCGAAUCUAGUGUCGCGCGCAUGACGCGCCAGGAGCUCAACGCGUGCCUCGAGACCGAGGCCCAGAUGGCGAACCAGGACCGAGUGAUAAGGGAGACGAACGACAUGCGCAACGAAUUGGAGGCGUACAUCUACAAGAUGCGCGACGAGGUGAUCGGCGACCUGCGGCCGUACGUGUCGGACGACGCGAAGCAGAAGUUCGAGGCCGGUUUAAACGACGCGGAGACGUGGUUGUACGAGGGCGACGGGUACGACGCCACCAAAUCCCAGUAUGCCCAGAGGCUGAAGGACGUGCGGAACAUCGGCGACGCGGCGGAGCUGCGGAGGAAGGCCGACCGCGAGCGGCCGUCCUUGGUCGCGGAGCUCCAGGCCAAGGUCGAAGCCCUCAAGACGUUCUGCAACUCGACUUCAGAAGAACACGCGCACAUCGGCGACGACGACCGGGGCACGGUGCGCGACGCGGCCUCGAAGGCGUCCGAGUGGCUCCUCGAGUCGCUCGAGAAGCAGGGGAGUCUGGAACAGUGCCAGGACCCCGUCUUGCUGCCGAGCCACAUCAAGGACAAGCUCUACGACCUCGACCAGGCGACGCGGCCCAUCCUCACGAAGCCCAAGCCGCUCCCGCCGAAGGCGGCGCCGCCGCCGCCCGCGGACGCGCCGCCCGCCGAGGCCAAGGAGGAGGACGGCGACGCGAAGAUGGACGACGCCGCCGCCGCGCCGGAGGACGCCGCGGCGGCGGCGCCCGAGGACGCCGAGAUGCCCGACGCGCCCGCGGCGGACUAGGCCGCGGCCGCGGCGCGCCCCCCCUUUUGGGUACACACCAUACACUAUCUUAUCUCAGCGGGGGAGGGGUCCGGCGCCGUGCCCUAACUG